AUGGUUACGGUAGAAAACCGCAUGGCUCUCUCUGCUGUGACUGCUAACCUGAACGAUGGGGUUUUACAUCUUUUGAAAACUCAUGAGUAUUCUCCCGAUCAAAAGAAAAGCCUGUUAGCCUCUAAUGUUGUGUUAUCUUUUGUCGGAAAGAUUCCGGUACCCAAGAUGACAGUAAAGUUUAGUGUGCCACACCGACCAUUAGGGAUAUCUGUGUGCGUUAUUGUUAAAGACAUGCGAGGAAAGGAUUAUGAGGCUAGCAGUGUCAUUUGGAAGUCAAUGUGGCAGAAGGAUUUGUCUAAACACGGGACAAUCAAUCUCCCACCGGUCACAUUUUUGCCCAUAAGCGAACUGAAAUUGGCGUAUCAGUCUUUCGAAGCGCGACGGAAACUUGCGGCUACGUUCGACGUUUUUCUUGCCGACAAGAGAGUGGCCCAUGACAUCUUGCCAAAGUGGCCUGGUGGUCUGAAAACUCUGCGCUCUAUCUACGUUCGUGGAUCCGGCCCAAGCAUUCCGCUCUACUUUGACGAGUUUGAAGUCCCACAGGAAGCAGCUGUGGAAAAUCUCGAGUCCUUGGGGAAGACACGUUCCACGCCCCUUCGUAGUUCCUUAUCUAGCCGCGGAGAUGUUUCUCCUGAACUCCGAUUACUCUCGAAGUACCUAACCAAGGGUUCACCGAAGCUGCCUGUGAACGCAAUUCUUGAGGCUGCUAAAUCCCUUCCCCUGUCAGACGUCGAUGUUGGAAGUUUAUUCGGCAACACGUCUCAUAUUGCCAAAAAAUUGAAAUCUGCAAAGAAGGUUGCAAACACGGAGAAACAUUCCACGAUCAUCCUGUGCAUGCUUUAUGUCUCAGAAACGACCCUUGCCAUCAAGUGA